AUGGACGGGGCCCCCAAGGCCGGGCUGACGGGAGGGCGGCAGUCCCAGCAUGAGAGUAGUGGCAGUGCCACCACCGGGGCAGGGGGAGCAGGGAGGGGGCACAGGCGGGAGGAGGGCAGUGGGCUCCGUGUCCAGCGGGCCAAGGCCACGGCCAUGGACAGGCGGUCGGGGAGGCUGCGGGGGUUCAGGGGAUCCACACUUGGAGCAGUGGGAGCUGGAAGCGCUGGCAGCAGGUCACGGGAAGGGGUGCGAUCGCCCAGCAAGAGGGACGGGUACGGGGUUCUGGGGCAUCCCGGCCUGUCAGAGCAGGCAAAGGGCCGGCAGGCAGCCACCCGGAGGCCCCCGCCCCACGGGGCCGGGCCAGGUCUCUCGGCCCCACAUCCCGUCGAGGUGAUGGCAGCCGGGUCCUGGAACCCAUACCCAGCAUCCAAAGCGAGGGAGGUUGUGAAGGCAGGCGAGCGCCCCCUGCCCCGCGGUGCCCAAGGGUCACCCAGCACCCUCGCGGGUGCACGACUCCCACCUCCCGGCCCAGAUCCAAAGAACCCCAAGUCCAUCUUUCCAGAAAGGCAGAGCCUGGGCAGACGUCGGGCAGACGCCAAGUCACAACCAUCCUGCAGGCCGGCGGUUCUCCCCCACCUGCCGGCUCCACCUGGGUGCUCAGCUCAGGCCCCGACAGCCUCGGGUGGCGGCCAGGGGUGCCCAGGGUGGGAGCAGAGGCAGACAUGGGGACGGGGCGGCGCCCACGGGUGCCCCGAGCUGCCCCUUCUCUCCGGCGCCCCAGGGAGACAGCACGCUCACCCACCCAGUGCUCGGCAGGUCCCAGCACUAAAGCUGGACCGCGGCCCAGCGGAGGACGCGCAGCCCCAGGCUGGGGCGAAGGGCUGGCCCCUACCUGCCCACCAGGUGAGCCGUGGAGGAGCCAAGAGGAAAGCAGGCCCUGGAGUUGUCCUCAGGGACACAAGGUGGACAACGGGAGGGGAGCAGGCUGCAUCCGCCCCCAGGUCAAUCCUGCGCGCCACGCUCCCACCCUCGAGGAACACGAGCGCCUCUCCGUGUGCACCCACCGUCCCCGGUCGGGCCCCUGACCCCAGGCGACCCACCCAGCCUGCUCACCUGGCCUGGGCCUCGGCACAGGAGCCCCGGGCACCCACGCAGGGAAGGGACUCGGCCAACCUUGGGCUCACACGUGUCGGGGGAGCGGGCGGGUGGGCUGCUGGCUGGGAAGACUGGCUCCUGGGGGAAAGGUGGCCGGGAGGUGCGGGGUGGGGGGCCCCAGGGUGUGACACGGUGACCGUGGGUGCAGGUGGCAGGUCGGGGUCUCCCCACGCUGAAAACCUCCCCCUCACGCGUCAGCCCAGGCCCCCGCCCCCCCGUCAGGCAAGUGACCUCGCUCUGGUACAGGAAAACGAGGUCACCUGAAAGGCCCACGUACGAUCGGCCUCCAGCGUCCUGCGUCCCCACCCGAGGCAUCCCCCACGCCCCCCAGCCCUUCUACCUGCCACCCCCACUCCCGCGGUAAAGCUGGUGACAAAACAAGUGUCUCUGUUCACACUUGGUUGUUUUUUAAGUUACUGCGUUCACACCUUGGACUCAGCACCUGUUCCCGUCCAACCCCCACGUACCCUAAAAAGCCAGGGGCCCCUCCCCAGACUCAGACACAGACACCCACUCUCUCCUCUGGCGGGGUCAGGGGAGCGGGAGCUCUCUGGUGAAAGUGGGGGUCCCAGGGAUGUUUUGGGGGUUGCCGGGAAACAGUCCAGACCAUGAGGGCCAGGCCCCUCGGCAUCGCAAACAAGACCCCAUGGGCUGGAGUGACCAGAGCCCCCCCACCCCGUGUGAAGUGGCCCACAGACAGGAGGGGCCCCUGGAGAGGCUCCUGCCCCAGGCUCCAGAUCGGCUCCUGUCGGGGGACCCCAUCCUCUGGGAGCCCCCACCCGGCCGCGCCCUCGCAGGCGGACGUGAAGCCCGGGCCCGCCUUCAGGAGACAGGCCGAAUG